AUGAGCUACAUUGAAUGUAAAAAAAUAGGCAGGAUAAACUUUAACCAAUUGGAGGACCUUCUUGAAUUGUUAAAAUCCCUAUGUGCUGAAGUUAGACUUGUCAAAUGGCGUGAGAAUACAUGGUGCCCUAAUGCCAGCGAAUCGCUUAAUACUCAAAGAAAAUUGGACUUUACUAAAGCGCAAAAACACAUAGAAACAGAAGCUCGUAUAUUAGAGUAUAUUUAUCCACCAGAAAACAACGACUUAGUCAGUAUUUUGUGUCAAACGCCAAUCAUCGAACCUAAUUCUAACAUUUUAGAUAUGCCAUUGUCGAACGACAAAGAUAAAAAAGCUACUGUAUUAGUCAACAAGGUGGUUGAAUGCUUAUCAUCCAAAUCAAUAUUGGAUGUCAUCCAGCACAUGAAUAUUGGCUCUUUAAAUUCGAAUCCCCCCACGCUUUACAAUACACUAUAUAUUAGCUGUUACGUGUGUACUUUUAACCCUCUUAAAGCAGAUGAGGUAGUGAUCCUUGUUCAGACUGAAUUCAAAGAUUUAAAUUUUAAUUAUAAUUUUAAUGAUCAUAUAUUAGUUAUUCUAAAGUCUAAAUGUUUAAAUGAAAAUGUAAUUUCCACAAAUAAGCAAGCAAUUCUCAGUUUAAGUAGAAAAUUAGAAAAAAUAGUUUCAUUUUGA